AUGAGCGAAGGAAACUCUGCCACUAACACAGGCUACGAGUACCUGAGCGGUUCUGGGAUCUCAAAAGCUGUUGCUACAACGGCUUCAGUGCUAGUCAAUUCGGGUGGUUAUUCUACUACGAAUGCACUUUCUCAAAAUAAAAUAUUCCAAAAAGCUGUGAAUGGCAGCAUACACUCCAACAAAUCACAUGCCUUGCUACAGAAACAUGCUGUUACUGGGGAAGCUGUUUCACUUAUCAGACGAAGCAAGCGUGUUCCAAGAAACCACAAACCAAAAGAUUUUUUGGAGGUGCCGGACGAGCUUCUGAAUGACAUACCUGGCGAUGAUGAGGUGGAUCAUGCUGGUAGUUCUUUCUCCUUAUUCCAAGGUUUUACUGCAGUUUUGCCUGAAGUGCAAGACGCGAUAGAUCGAGUUACAGAAGGGUCUUCCAAACUACUCGCCUAUGACGGCCCAGAAGUUACUCAGAAUGCUCUUCCCAGAGGAAUCACCGUUGAAAAGAUCAAAUCCUUGCAAAACCCAAAGCAAUUGAAUGACUUCAAGGACCAAAUCAACUGGAAAUUGGACCUUUUGGAGAUCAGAAAGGGUCUGGCAUCAAGCGAAAUCCACGAAAUCGAUCAUAAAAUCGAAAAGUUGCAGCAGAUGAGGAAUUCUGUAUUUCAGCGAAUCUCCAGGUUCGAGCAGGACGAGGCCGUGUUGGAGAGUUCCCUCAACGAGAUCGAAUGGAGGCUUGAUCUGGUGAAAGAUGUGGACGUUUCUUCCGAGGAAAACCAAGAAAAUGAAGCAGAAUUUAAUGACGAGAAUGAAGACUCGUUUGUUACCAUCAGUGGGGAAACGACGGUUGAUUAUGACGCCGAUGAUAGUUUCUACGAGGACUCCAAUGCGAAUCCAUUGAUGACCAAGUCAAUCUACGGGAAACUGCAAAACGAGACCCGAAAGAUAAAAAAGAGAGUUCCCUCGAGAAAGGUGAAGCCAACUUUGCAGCAAUACUAUACUGCUGGCAGUCGUAUACGAGGCCUGAAAGCCCAUGAGGACUCUGUGACCUGCUUCGACUUUGACCAGCCAUUUGGAACGAUGGUGAGUGCCUCUCUUGAUAACACAGUCAGAGUAUGGGAUUUGAGCCGUGGUAAGUGUACUGGACUUCUUGAAGGCCAUUUGGCUAGCGUGAGGUGUUUGCAGAUGGAGGAGAAUGUGGUGGUUACCGGGUCUCUAGACGCAUCCUUGAAACUGUGGGACAUAUCCAAACUUCAUGAUGACGACAACGACGGAUGUCUCAUAACAACUUUCGAGAGUCAUGUUGAGGAAAUAAGUGCCCUUAGUUUCCAUAACACCACACUGUUGUCUGGUUCUACAGACAGAACCAUUCGCCAAUGGGAUAUGAACACUGGCCAUUGUCUGCAGACUAUCGAUGUCAUGUGGGCCAGCAGUAUGAUGAAUGGGGGAGACGUUUCAUCGUCAGCUGCAGAUUGGCAAAAACCUCUUAUCAGUGGGGAUUAUCCUUUCAUCGGGGCUUUGCAAUGCUAUGAUGCUGCCUUGGCAACGGGUACUGCAGACGGUCUGGUGAGACUCUGGGAUCUGAGAAGUGGAGAGAUCAUCAGACAAUUGGUUGGCCAUACAGGACCAGUCACGGCCCUUCAAUUUGACAAUAAGAAUCUGGCUACCGGAUCUGCAGACAGGUCUAUACGCUUGUGGGACCUACGGACUGGAGGCAUUGUGGAUGCCUUCGCAUAUGACUCUCCCAUCUCGACUCUUCAAUUCGACGACUCCAAAAUCGUCGUCUCGAACGGUGAGAGCACAGUGAAAGUUUACGAUCGUAUUGAGGAACGUCAUUGGACGUGCGGACCGGGUGUUUCUGGAGAAUCCUCAUUCCCUAUCAACUGUGCGAAGUAUCACGAGGGUUACAUGAUCGAAGGAAGAGGUGAUGGAGCCAUGGGUAUAUGGGCCAUAUAA